UCUCUUCCUCUUCCUCUUCCACUUCCACUCUCCACACUUCACCUUCCACCAUGCCUGCAACUUCCUCCAUUUCCGCAUUCUCCACUCCCUCUCUUCUUCUCCCCAAUCGCCACCGUUCUCUCUUCUCGCCAUGCCAAAAACUCACCAAAAUCUCAUCAAAGUCACUAGUGGCUUCCAGUUGCAGGAACGCCACUUUCUCGGAAAAAUCGCGAUCAAUACUAAUUACUAAAUCGAAAUUCCCGCUCGCCGAUCCAAACAAAUCGCAUCCCAAGAGAACUGCUGUGGUGAAAUCUACCGGAUCGGAAGGUGGAUUGACCUCGGCGACGACUCUCCAGAGCACGGCUCUGAAUCUGCUGCAUUUGGCGGUUUCGUUGGGAAUCAUUGUGGCUGUUGACAAGCUGCUAAAGCAGGCGUUCGUUUCCGCCGCCAUCAAAUUUCCGAGUGCUUUGUUCGGAAUGUUUUGCAUAUUCACAAUUUUGAUAGCUCUCGAUUCCACCGUCCCUGCUGCGGCAACUGGCUUGGUCAACUUCUUCCAGCCGGCGCUGCUCUUCAUCCAGCGGUGGCUCCCCUUGUUUUAUGUUCCGUCUUUGGUGGUCCUUCCCCUUGCCGUCAAAGAUAUUCCGACUGCUUCUGGCCUUAAAAUCAUCUACAUUAUUGCCGGAGGCUGGUUGGCAUCGCUUUCUGUAGCAGGUUUCACGGCUAUAGCAGUGAGGAAGUUGGUGAACACUGAAAUGAUACCAGCCGAGCCUAUGGCUAAGCCUUCCCCCUUUUCGCCGCUUGAGCUUUGGGCUUGGAGUGGUGUAUUUCUAGUAUCUUUUGUGUCUGCAUUUCUUUAUCCAACUAUACUUGGAACGAAUGCUAGGACGUGCUUGCCGUUCCUUUUGGCUUCCACUGUAUUAGGCUACAUUUUUGGUUCUGGGUUGCCAACUGGUGUGAAGAAGGUUUUCCAUCCGAUUAUCUGCUGUUCCUUAGCUGCAGAUCUUGCUGCAUAUGCUUAUGGAUACGUAUCAAAAUCUGGACUCGAUCCUGUUCUAGGAUACUAUCUGACAAAGGUCUCAUCAAAUCCGGGUGCUGGUGACAUUUUGAUGGGAUUUCUUGGAUCUGUUAUUCUCUCAUUCGCCUUCUCCAUGUUCCAACAAAGGAAGCUGGUGAAGAGGCAUGCUGCAGAGAUAUUGAGCUCUGUGAUCCUCUCCACACUGUUUUCAUUGUAUUCAACGGCUUUCAUUGGGCGUCUUAUUGGUUUGGAACCAUCAUUGACACUAUCAGUUCUACCCAGAUGCAUAACUGUGGCACUAGCUCUCAGCAUUGUAUCCUUCUUUGAAGGUGCCAAUACAUCUCUUACAGCAGCUGUUGUUGUAGUAACUGGACUAGUUGGGGCCAAUUUUGCACAGACAGUACUUGACAAAUUAGGUUUCCGCGAUCCAAUUGCUCGUGGAAUAGCAACUGCAUCAAGUGCACACGGACUAGGAACGGCUGCAUUAUCAGCUAAGGAACCCGAGGCUCUUCCAUUUUGCGCGAUUGCAUAUGCCCUAACCGGGAUUUUUGGAUCAGUGAUCUGCUCAGUCCCAGCUGUCAGACAGAGUUUGCUGGCAAUAAUCGGCUGAAAGUCUCUUGUAACUUGUCGAGUUUGGUCAAAAUCGACCUUUUGAUUUGGUGCUGUCUGUGCUAAAAUUUUCAGCAGGAUCAGCAAAAUCUUUCAUGUAUCAGCCAUUCAACCAUGUCAUCAAAGUGUUUUCUUCUUUUGUUCUCUCUA